UGGAAACCAAACAGACCUGGCUGGCUGCCUGCUUGCUGGGCCUUCUCUCUCAGCCUGUGGUGCCCUUGCCUACCACCCCUCCCCUCCAUUAAGACAAGGCCAAGGCCAGGGCCAGGUCCAUCCCCAUCCCUUCCCCACCCUUCUUCCUCCCAUCCCCAUCCCCAUCCCCAUCUCCCCCCUCCUCUACCUACGCACUCUGUGAGCGCUGUGCAUUCCCAUUUCCAUCUUGCAAUUCAAUUUGUUAUCUGCCUGCCGCCCAGCAGCAGCAGCAUGUAACCCAAGCCAAGCAAGCUUCACCAUCACCACCGAGGUCAUGCAAUGGUAAUUGACCACCACCCCCACUGGAGGACUGGAAAGAGGGAGUAGGAGUAGCACCAAUUAGGCCAGCCACACUAGCUCUCCCCGCCAUGCAGUCCGGCUACGGCGGCGUCUCCGAGUUCCAGCAGUUCAUCAUGGACGGCGGCUUCGCCAUGUCCGCGCCGCCGCCGCCGCAGCAGCAGCCCCAGCCCGCCGCUGCGCAGCAGGAGCUGGGCGGGCCCUUCAGGUACCAGCCACUGCACCACCACGCCCUGCCGCCGCAGCACUACCACCACGCGCCGCACAUGCCGCCGCACUUCGCCCACUUCGCCGUCCCCCCGCAGGCACCCUUCACGCAGCAGCUGCUGCACCAGGCCGCCGCCGCGGGGCACCACCUCCAGCUCUUCCACGAGCAGCAGCACCACCACCACAAGCCCCCGCCGCCGCAGCAGCAGUCGGCCCCGGCGAGAUGGGCUCCGCAGCACCACCAGCAGCAGCCGCACCAGCAGCAGCAGCACCACCACCACCAGCCGCACCACCACCCACACCACCUGGGAUUCGAUGUCGAGGCCGUGCCGGAGAGCUCCGGGGCGGGCGCCGGAAGCGCGGCCUCCGGCGGCGCGGCCCCUCCGGGCGUCCCUCCGUUCCUUGCGGCCGCCAUGAACUUCAAGCUGGCGGUCGACGCCGGUGGCGGCAGCGGCGCCACAGGGGGCACCGACGACGCCCUCAACGACGGAGGCGGCGGCGCGGGCAGCGCCAUGAUGCUCCAUGUCGGCGGCGGCGGCGACGACGAGGCGGCCCCCGAGAGCCGGCUCCGGCGGUGGAACGGCGACGAGGAGACCUCCAUCAAAGAACCCACCUGGCGGCCGCUCGACAUCGACUACUUACACAGCACGAGCAGCAGCAAGAGGACACCGGGGAAGGAGAAGGUGGCCACGCCGGAGUCCCCGGCGCCGACCGCCGCGGCGGCCAAUUAUUUCAAGAAAGGCGACGACAAUGCUGCUGCCGCGGCCGCGGGCGGCAGCAACUACAAGCUGUUCAGCGAACUGGAGCUCAUCUACAAGCCGGGGAGCAGCGGCGCGCAGACGGGCUCCGGCUCCGGCCUCACCGGCGACGACAAUGCCAUCCUAGACCCGGCCAUGGCCGACCUCCCGGGCGUGGCGGCCCCGGACGCGCCGCAGCUCAACACAUCGGACACGUCGGCCGGGGAGGACGCGGCGGCGGUGGUGCAGCCCCCGCAGCCGCAGCCGCCCGCGGACCCGGCGCGGCGCAAGCGCAAGCGCCGGCGGCAGGAGCAGCUGAGCGCGUCGGCGUCCUUCUUCGAGCGGCUGGUGCAGCGGCUGAUGGAGCACCAGGAGAGCCUCCACCGGCAGUUCCUGGACGCCAUGGAGCGGCGCGAGCGGGAGCGCGCCGCGCGCGACGAGGCGUGGCGGCGGCAGGAGGCCGACAAGUUCGCCCGCGAGGCGAGCGCGCGCGCGCAGGACCGCGCCAGCGCCGCGGCGCGCGAGGCCGCCAUCAUCGCCUACCUGGAGAAGAUCUCGGGCGAGUCCAUCGUCCUCCCGCCGCCCGCCGCGGCGUCCGGCGACGACACGAGCCAGGACGCCGGCAAGGAGCUGGUGCCCUACGACGGCGGAGGCGGGGGCGGCGACGCGGCGCCCGGCAGCGGCGGCGACAUGGGGUCGCUGCACCUGAGCACGUCGCGGUGGCCCAAGCACGAGGUGGAGGCGCUGAUCCGGGUGCGGACGGGGCUGGAGGGGCGGUUCCAGGAGCCGGGGCUCAAGGGCCCGCUGUGGGAGGAGGUGAGCGCGCGCAUGGCGGCGGCGGGGUACGGGCGCAGCGCCAAGCGGUGCAAGGAGAAGUGGGAGAACAUCAACAAGUACUUCCGCAAGGCCAAGGAGAGCGGCAAGAAGCGGCCGGCGCACGCCAAGACGUGCCCCUACUUCGACGAGCUGGACCGCCUCUACUCGCGCAGCGCCGGGCAGUCCAGCAAUGCCGGCGCCGGCGACGAGGCCAAGGCGAGCUCGGAGCUGCUGGACGCGGUGGUCAGGUACCCCGACGCGCACGGCGGCCCGCCGGGGUUCAUGUUGGAGAGGGAGCACCAGAACGAGGCCUCUGGCGGCGGCGGCAACGGAGGGCGGGAGGAGGGCGCGGCCGACGAAGAGGAGGACGGCGGCGGCAUUGCCAAGGGGAGGGCCGGCGACGAUCAGGAUCAGGACGACGAGGUGGAGAGCCAUGGCGGCCGUGAUGAUGAUGACGAUGAGUAGUAGCUAGCUAGCUGAGCAGAGCUGACAUGCAUGGAGUGAGUAGCUGCGGGCAUGGCAUGGCAUUGCCAUGCAUCUCCUUGUUAAUUUGCUUAUUGAUCUGUUUCUUCUUUCUUUCUUUCUUCUUGUUAUUAGCUGUUGCUACUAGCUACUUAUAUAUUAGCAGACUUAUUAGCAGACUACUGCUAUUGCUACUACUCCUUCCUUGUUAUAUAUAUGAUAUGAUGCUCAAGAUGAUGAUGGUCA